AUGAGGAAGGCAAACAUGGAUGACCUCGAAUCGAGGGCCAUAGAAAACAUCCACCAUUACCUGAAGGAUUGUCUGGACAGAAACAACUGCAAGGUCGAUCCGGCGGAGGCACAAAGAGACAUUAACGAUGUCUCACUAAUACACAGCUCGUUAAAAAAGUAUGUCGUCCGACUAGCCAACAUAAACGAUUUUAUCAAGCAAGAAAACUACUUUUUGAAAAAAAAAAAUGAGCAACUAGCUAAAAGGUGCAGCGAAAGGGCUGCAUUCGAUUUUUACAAAAAUGAAAAAGGAACUCACAGGGUGCAUAGAACGAAUGGGACGCAUACCAUGUGCAUGAAUGAAAUGCACAAACUGAGUGACGAAAACGAGUUUAUAAAAUACAAAUAUGAACAAAUGCUGCGGGAGAACCUCUCGCUGCAGGAAAAUAACGCCCAACUGAACAACACGCUGCUAAACAGGGACAAACAUGAACUACACACAAAUCGGGGAAACAGAAAAAUGGAAAUAGAAAAUGGAUUUCUAAGAAAAAACACCCACCAAUUAUGGACACAUCAGGAGGAAGGACGAAACAUUUUGCGAAGCAGAAAUGAAAUGGACGGGGAAACACAGCCCGCUGAGGUAAACUACAUGACGUUUGAACAAAAAAUAAAUAGAAUCCUCAAGUGUACAAAAAUUUUGGAAGAAAUUUUAGCCACCCUUAACAGCAAUUUGAAAUAUGAUGAACCACUUUUGUUCCAAAAAAAGAUGAACCUGAUGGAAGUAGAAAAAGAAGAAUUAAUAAGGCAGAAUGAUUUUUUAAAAGAAAAAAUUUUACAAAUAGAAACCUUCAUUUUGAAUGAUCCCUUUUUAGUGGAAAAGUUUAAUUUCUUCUACGAUUCCACUUCCUUCAAUUUAGACCCCUCGAUGAGGGAUAACCUCCAGUUGUACAAAAAUAAUAGCAUAAAAAAAAUGUUCCACAAUUUGCGCUGCUCGCAAAGUACAAAUGCAGACCUGAAACAACAGUUAUCAAGUGAAAAAAAAAAAUCUCUUAUUUACCAAAAGUACAUGUAUGACAUGAGGGAGAAGUUAAAGGAUAACCUAAACGAACUGCUCAGAUUGGACAAGGACAAAAAUAUGAACUAUCAUGAUAUGAAUGCAUGCAACGGUUCAAUUCGCCAUUUUAGUGAAAAGGGGAGUUCACCCCCGUGGAACAUAUUCUACGAUGAUAGCAAUAACGGGGACAAAGAAGUUGUCUCAACGAAGGAACACCCAGAAUAUUACAACUAUCUGUCUGAUUUGAGCACACCAAAUUUACACCGCAUGCUUAACAUGAACAGCUCCAAAAUUGACCAUAACGAGCAAAGGUUAACCCAAUCGUGGAACCGGAUUAGGCAGCUGGGCCAGGACGCCGGUUGCUUCCAGAAGAGGAAAAAUGAACAAACUUGCAGACGAGACGAACACGAUGCCAGUCUGGCCGACCUGGAAAAUGACAUGCAAAAUGAAGUAUACUACUUUAGAAUAAAAAAAUUAAUAAACAUGAGGAAGAAGGAACUGGAUGGAAUGUUACAAUCGGAAAGACGCCAACUGGCUAGCCAAAAAGGAAAGGAGGACAGGAACAAAUUAAAGAAUGAAAUGUAUUUGAAUCGUAUGGAAUACAAAGUGGCACUGCGCGAAUGGUUAAGAGGGAAGGAAAAGAAAUUACACACAAGUGACCAUCCUAGGGACACCCACCGAAAGGACGACCGCCCCUGUGGGAGCAGAAAUAUUGACCAACUGAACCUCUACAUCGAUCGAAAAAUCAUUUAUCAGUUCGUAAAGUACAAACACAUCUACGAAUAUUUCGUACAAAAUAAAAGUGUAUGUAAAGAACAGAUAAGCAAAGAGAAAUUUAUUAAUUUUUUUAACAAGCACAUUUUGAAUUUGCAAAAUUGUGACACUGCACGGUGCAGUAAAAAAGGGCUUCCUGUCGAUGGAGAGAGGAGAACCACUAAAUCAUGCCAGAGAAGGAAAGGUUUCCAUAACGAUGAAGCCAACCAAAAAAGGGGAAGUGCUUAUGUGGAGGAAGACAAUACUCAGUAUCAUGACGUUACAUUAGAGGAUCGUGCAAAGAGGGGUAGUCAUCAUUCUGAGGAGAGCACCCUAAGGAGUGAUCACCCCGGUGUGAAGCCGGCCGAAGCCACAGGAAGGAAGGAGGGGGAUGCCAAAAAGGAAAAACAGAGGGAAGCCAAACGGGAAAGACAGCGGGAAAUAAAAGCAGAGAAGGAGAAGCAAAGGAAAAUAAAAGCAGAAAUGGAAAGACAGAGAAAAAUAGAGAAAGAAAAUCAGAGAAAAAUAGAGAGAAAAAAGCAGAGGAAAAUGAAGAAAGAGAAACAAAGGGAAGAAGAACGAGCGCGCAAAGUGCAAGUAGAGUUGGUGCACCAAGUGGACGGAGACUCACCCACCACUGAGAAACGGGCGAGCGAAGAGGAGAACCAAAACCAAAGCGACAUCGAUAUCGAACCGAGUGAUAACAGCCAAGGGGAAAAAAUGAAGAAAGGAAAUUUAAAAAAAAGUGACCAAAUGUCAGAAAAAUUCUACAUGCCAGAAGAACAUCCCAGGAGACAUGACUCCUCCCUGGAGGCGUUAAUAAAUACUAUUAAAAAUAUAAACAAAAAUAAAAUAAGGGAAAAUAUGUCCAGUAAAAGUGUAGAAGAUUUGUUUUCUUCUACCAAUUCGAUGGAUGAAACGGGUCGAAGUAGUCUUAUUGGGGAGUCUCCUCAAAAGGAGAGAAGAGUAUCGAAUUUGAGUAGAAAGGAUAGCAGCCAAGGUAGCGUAGAGUCCAUGAAAUCGAGUAAGUCAUUGGGUGUAGAACCCACAGAAGGGGAAAUUAACAAAAUUGAAGAAGAAACAAGUGAUCGUGAAGAAUUUAGUUUAGGCCACGCCGAAUCGGAAAGUUCCAACGCAGUUGAUACAGAAGAUGAGAAGAAGAGGCAAUUUUCUAAUUUAUCAAGUGAAGCGGAGAAGGAAGAUCACAUGGGGGGAGAAGCUAACCCAGAAGAGGACACCAAUCGGGGUGGAUUGGAAAACCACGUAGGUGCCACGGCGCGGGUUCCAGAACGACGAAGCGGUAGGCACAAGACUAUCUUCGGGGGAUCUGUCGCCCUAGAUGAAAUUAGGAAGAUAAACACCAUGAUGGGUUCGGGGGCGUCAGAAUUAAUACACCCAGAUGGGGAUGAGCAAAUGGGAGAUGCAGAAAGUGGACCGGAGAAAGAUAGCGAUGAGGAGGAGCCACGAAAAGAUGGCGUUCUAGAGGAGCAUAAUAAAGACCGCAACCAAAAUGGACUCCCCAAAAAUAUUGAUCAGAGUGGACCCCCCGAAAAGGUUGAUCAGGGUGAAUCUCCCCAAGAGGAUGAAAUCACGCGCAGUAACCACGCAACCGACAAGAGAGAGAAACCAUCCCCUAAACCCUUCCACCAUGAGGACUUCCUCGAAUCUGACGGUGAAUACUCCGAACAAGAUCUCUUCGACAACAACAAAUAUGCUAGUGUAAAAAUUCAAGAAUUCAGACAAAUGCUUCACCUGCACGAUAAAAACGUGUACACCUUUUUCAUGAAGCUAAUUGUGCAUAGCAAGAUCAACCUAGUGAGGGAUUACAAAAAUAAAGUUUUCAAUGCGAAGGUAGGGGCGAGAGAUAUAUUAGAGUACCUUUUAAAAAACUACUUCGAAGGGGAUAAGUUUGCUAUCAAGGGGGAUGUGAGAAAAGAAGGUUCACACAUAGAGGUACACUUAAGCGAAAUAGAAUUUAAACACAUUAACGAGUACAUAUGCAACAACAGCAGUAGCACUUCUCUAAAAACACUAUACCACAAGAUUCUAUUUCUGAAUAAUGAAAACUACGAAAGUUUUAAAAAUCGUUUGUUGGAAGGUGGAGUGAUAAACCUAAUUAACCUUUUCCACGAUGAAGACAUUAACAACUUUGACAAAAUUUUCGACGUUUCUUUUGUGAACUUUUGUGACAUUGUGGGAAUAUCCAAAGAUACAUGCACAUACCAUUUUAGCCGUAUGGACAAAAACUACAAAGGGAAGAGGUACAUUUAUUUGAGGCACAUAUUUCGCUAUCUGGAAGUGGAAAGGGACAUGAAAGAGGAGUUACACAAAUACAGCUUCAUUUCCAUGCAGAAAAAAAAUUUAAUGUAUAUUCAUAUCAGCGAAUCUUUUGAUAACUUAAAGGAGUUUUUCAAAUCUGUGGAGAAGAAAAAUAAAUUGUACAUCAGCCUGAAUGAGUUUAUUUAUUUCUUUUCCGAAAAUGAGAAAAUGGAGACAUACCGUUAUUCCCAGGAGGAUAUAACCUCACUGUACUACUCUAUCCUCUUUUAUGUGUACUACACGAAUAAGAACAAGUUAUUGCAGACGUUAGAAUUUUGUGGGGAUCCAAACGUGGGGGAAGAAAAGGACCCUCAAAAGACUGGUCCAACUGGGCAAAAUGAUCAUAACAGGAGUGAGCCACCAAAGGAACACCCCCCCGCUGGUAUAAACCCACUAGUUGACGAAAUUGGAAGGAACAAAUUAGCCCCUGCUGAUGGAUGCAAUUAUGUUAAUAAUAAUUUGUCCUUCUACAAGGAGUAUUUUUCACUGGACGAUUUCAAUUUCGCCAUCGAGUUGAAGGACCUUUACUUUUACUUCGAGGGUUCCGAGUGCCCCUUCUCUAAAAUAAAACGGAGGAUUGUGGAGAUUUACGGAUCAGUGAAAAAGGGACUGAUAAUUAACCACGAGACUUGCAAAAGCAAGAGGGAUGGAGAUGACACGAGCAGCUCCCAGAGUGAUCAAGACGAGGCGGCAGACCUGGACGUGGACCUGCAGCUUGACUCCUUUCAGUUGUUCAUGAGGAACAAGUACAGGUACAAGCACUCCGACCGGGUUUGCUUCCACGAGCGGGAGGCGAAGAAGGGCAAACAGGAAAAAUCAGCGAAAGUGGGCAGAGUGACAAAACUGGAAGGGGAAGACGAACCGGAUUUACUGAACGAAGUGGGAACAGUUCCCCCAAUCAGCAAGAAAACUUUCAUGUGCCUGAUGUACAACAUAGGGAUACACGUGAACCACUGCCUAACCCUGUGGAAGAGCUUUUCCCCCUUUCUGGAGUACGACAAGCUGGACUACAAAAUAUUCUGUGGGUUCUUAAACGGGGAAAUAACCGUAGAGAGUCACGAAACGGAGGAAGGUAUAAAAGAAAUAAAAAGCAAGCUAAUAAACAUUAAGGAUGAGGAGGAAGAGGACUCCACGUGCAACUAUAAAAACAGGCUCGGGGGAACCCUCUGCCCUAGCUUACUAAACAAAUUAAGCGAAAAGGAUUCAACACAACCGCUGACGGUAGACGAAAUAGAGGUCCUCGCGCAAGUGCUGAAUCAUGUUAUCCCAUUCAAUUAUUUGGACAAAAAUGAAAAAACAAAUUUCAUACAAAAGUUAAAGAAAAAAUGUUUUAAAAAAGGCCACGAUUUUGUGUCCAUAGGGGGGAGAGACGUAAAAAUUGGAGAAAAAGGGGAAGUAUCAAACGGGGAAACAUCGGACAGCUACCGAAACAACACCAUCGUUAUCCUGUUGAACGGAAUUUUAAGACACACCACGAAGACAAACUCCUUCAUAAACAGCAUCAACGUGAUUGACAGGGCCAACGUGCGCUCCUACACGGCACACACAAAUGUUGCCGUGAUUGAGGUAAAUAAAGAGCUAUACACGAGCGACUUUGUAAAGCUAGUAGAACAGAAAAGAGAAGUUUCGGAAGAGUUUAUGAGUAUUAUCAAUGACGUACCUAUUUUUAAAAAUUUCCCGGACGCGUUAAAAAAUAGCCUAUCCAUGAAUGUUCAAAAAUGUAAAUAUGAAAAAAAAAAAGUUAUCAUAAGACAGCAUGAUGAUCCUACUCAUUUUUACAUACUGAAAGAGGGGGAAAUAAAUUUCUACUGUAACGGUGUGAUGAGCACCCCGGUGAGGGUCAUUUCUAGGUGUUCUUUUUUUGGGGAGGUGGCACUAAUAUUUAACACUCUCAGAACGUGCGAUGCGGUGGUCGAGUCGGAUGUAGCUCACUGCUACUGUAUUUCGAAGGAGUACUUCCUUUCCCUCUUGAAUAAAGAAAUUGUGAAAGAAUUCGUGGAAUAUUUCCGAGCCAAUUACACGGAGGGCAUUCAGCACAUCGUUAAGAAUUACUCAAGUGGGAACAUGCAAGUGGGAGGGCCUCCCCUUGAGGAAGACAACAAUGGAGGGAAUAACCCCAACGGAGCAAACGUCCUGCAGAUGUUACCCUCCGAUGGGGAGGAAAUGCUAAUGGAGAUUAAGCGAUCCACUUCGAUAAAGUACACCAAACAGCUUUCCACAAUUCAUAGUAUAAGUAGGAAGUUCUCCUCAGUAGCCCUCUCAGCAGACAACAUAACGCUGGACGUGGAGUACAUCAACCAAAGCAAUAUCACCUCAUUCUAUAGUGACUUGGAUAAAAUUCUGCUAAAAUUUUUCAACACAGAACAGAAAUAUUUUGUGGAAGAAAUGGAAUCCCACUUGAUGAAAGUUAAGGUAUUAAAAAAGGUUCUAAAUAAUAUGAAGGAUAAGGAAACAUUUCUUAAGCAUCUCAAGUGGGAAAAAUGUCCUAAGGGAAAGCACAUAAUAUUGGAAGGAGAUCUCUUCGACAAAUUUUACUUCGUUAAAGAGGGAGAAAUAUCCGUACAAGAAUUUAAUCAGUACAAAAAUGUGUAUGAGGAAAUAUGCACAGUUAGGAAGAAUCAAUACUUUGGUCAUCAGUUAAUUAUGGAUAGGGCAAAGUCUUCCUUCAUUGCGGUGGCCUCCGUGGACACAGAACUGUACACGUUAGAGGCAUCCCUGUAUGAGCAAUUCCUUGCCCCCUUUAUCGACACGUUAAAUAAAAAAAAUGACAUUAACCACACGGAUGAGCUAACAGAGAGUAUAAACAAGCACGUAAUGAUGAAGAAAGACAACAAGGAUUUUGUAAUAAAAGUCAUAAGAAUUCUAAAGAAAGUAAAUGUGCUUCAGAAAUUAAAUGAGGACCAAAUGUACAAUGGUGCCAAACAUUUCGAUUUUAAAUUUUUCAGAAAAGGAGCAGUCAUAAUAAGGCACAACGACACCCCUGACCAUUUCUACAUAAUCAAAAAGGGAAUCGUUUCGGUUAAGGUGGACGACAAGGGGGUGGAAGAUGCCGUUCAUCAAACUAACGAUCUACAUAGUAGGGAUAAUAACCAAGAGGAAGAAUCUACCCAUACAGGUGGAAGAACAAAAUCAGUGUACCUGUACAAGUACGACUACUUCGGAGAAUUGUCUAUUAUAAAUAAUCAGCUGAGAACUGCCACCUGUGAGGCUCACACGAAUUGUUUCCUACUAGCCAUUGACAAGGUGUCCUUUAUUGAACACUUUGGAAUAAUAUUUAAUGAGCUGCUACAGGAAGCUGACGUGAGGUACACGAAGAAUUACUCCCUGCCACCGUGGCUGAAGAACAUGUAUGGUAAUGGGGAGUUCAACGAGAGUAUGCACUCUAUGUCGAUGAAGAUCCCCGAACUGGGAAGCUCCCUCAGUAGCAUUUCGGAUGAUAGCAACGAGAUGUUCAGUUUCGAGAAGGAGAUAAAUGCAAAGCUGAAGAGGGAGAAACGCAACAAGAGGAAGGGAAAGGGGAAGCUAAAAGGUAGUAAUGCAGACGACGAAUACAUGGAUGAUCACCCCGCUGCCCAAAGUGAGAACGAAGUUGAAGACGCCAGCUCGGGAAACCUCUCCACCAACCGUAGCCUAAGCAUUGUGAACAACGAAGACAGGAUUAGCAAAAUUAAGGAGGAGAAGAGGCAAAAAAUGGAAGAAAUUAAGCUGAACGAAUUGAAGGUGAUCGAACGGAUAAAGCAGAAGGAGGAGAGAAAAAUCAAAGCCAUGAUGAAGAAAAAGGGAAUACUCAUCCCCCGAAAGAACGCAAAGGAAGAAUUAAACGCCGUUCAACCGAGCAGUAAUACGAAGGAUGAUCAAGAAGAGGGCGGCGCACCCAAGGAGGAGGCAAAAACGGUAACCGUAAACACUGAAUCAAGCCGGAAGGAAAGCAAAAGCCAAUCGAAAGAAAAUAACCACCCAAAUUCCAUGCAACAUAAAUCGUCGAGCAUUUUAAAAAAAAAGAUGAGUCCAUCGAACUCCUCCGAGCUGAAGGUAGACAAAAUGGUGAAGAAGCUCCUCGGGGUUAUCUGCUCAGAAUACAAUUCCAUUUUUCAUUUUUAUGAAUGCAUAGACAAGUUCAACACUGGAUACAUAAAAUAUAAUGACUUUUUAAAUUUUAUCGUAUCCCAAAAUUUGGAGGAGUUAUUCGAAGGUAGAGACAACAUGGAAAGUUUGUUCAAGUACCUCUGUGAUGGGAAGAGCAUCUUAACAUUAACACAGUUCUACAUAAGUAUGUAUAAGGAGAAGCACAUAGACAUGUACUCCCUGAAUUUACGCCUGUGCGAAGUGUAUGGAAGCAGUGUCUUAGCGUUUAAGAAGAUAGUUCCUCAGUUCAACACACAGGAUGAUAGUCUUUGCAGCUUUGCGAACUUUGAACUGGUUUGUGAUAGCGUAGGGAUCAGCAAAACAAAUAUAAAAAAUAUAUGGGAUGAGAUUAACAUAAUGAAUGAGGAGCAGAUUCCCCUAGAAAUUGUAUUUAGCAUUCUGAAUGGAGAAGUUUCCGUGGAGCAGGCCUACAUAACUUACAAUGAGAAGAAGUCGCUACUAAAUCAGGUUGUUCACUUUUUCCAAGGCAAUGAAGAAGACUUCACAAAAAUGAGUACCCAAGUGGUGGAAACAAAAUUUACCAUAAAUUACGAAGAGCCAAUAAUAAUAAAUAAGUGUCACCAUAAAUCCUGCUCAAAUGAAUGUCAAGAAUUGGUAAAACUGUUGCAGUCUGAUACACACUUUAAAUACUUAACCCUGGAUCAGAGAAUAUUCUUUACAACAUUAAUGAACCGGAAGGUUAUGAAGUUGGAAGAUGUGCUAAUCAACCAAGGGGAUAAUGAUGCGCCUAUUAUAUUCGUCUACCAAGGGACCGCCAACAUAAUUAGCUACAACAUUUUUGGAAUUGAAAGUAUCAUUAGGGAGAUUAAAAAUGAUGAGCUGUAUGGCUGCUACGAAGCUAUUGAAGGAACACCGGCAGAUUAUCAAGUAAAAAUAUCCUCCGAUAAUGCUAUCGUUUGGAUCUUAGACAGAUCAUCCUAUAGGGAUCACUUAAAAGACAUGCUAGAAGAAAGAAAACAAAACUGCUUGCAUAUUUUUGCCUUACUGAAGAACGUACCCAUUUUGAGAUACCUCCCAGAAGAAACACUCCACAAUCUUUCCUACGCAAUGAAGGUUGAGCAUUAUCAACCUAACCAUACCAUCAUAAAGGAGAACACACAUGAUGAUAAGUUUUACAUCCUAUGUAAAGGUCUAGCAACUGUUGAAAAAAACUCAGAAAUUAAUAAAAACAGACUUAUUUUGUCGACCCUUCGGAAGGCAGAUUAUUUCGGAGAAAUGGCCUUAAUAAAAAAUAUCAGACGAACUGCAAAUGUCGUUUUGGACACGCAAACUAUUUUGUUGUCCCUUAUUGACUUGGAAUUCCACAGAUUGUUAACUCCCUACUUUGAUCAAUUUUUAAACAGAGCUAAAGCCAACUAUAAGAAAUUGCACCUGGACAUCGAACUCGUGCCCGCCGAAAUUGCCAGCAUUAGCAGCAACGCCAAUAUUGGGAACGCCGCCUUGGGGAGGGGCGCACAAAAAAAGGUGACCAUACAAGGAUUUGACGAGGGGGACAGUCCGGUCGAGGAUCCACGGGAUAAGAAAAAGGGCGAAGUCAGCUUCGUGCAAUCUGCCGAGGAAGCAUCACUUCUGGAAGAGGAAACAACCGAACGAAGCGGGAACACUCACCAGGGGGGUGGCAAAAAAGGGGGUCACAGCAAACACACUGGCAAGGCCAAAGAUAAGGGGAUGAGCAGAACCAAGAAGGGGAAAGAGCACGGUUUGAAGGGGGAAAGGCCAGAAGGUACUGAAAAGAAGAGAGAGAAAAAAAAAGAUGCACACAAGUGA